AUGAAGGAAGAGCCGAAUGCUUGUCCGGAGGCAGGCAACGAUUAUGUUUUCGAUUCGGUGAUCUCAGGUGAAGACAAGAAAUUUGAAACAUUACAGUUUGGUAAAUCACCAGCAAAUCAUAUGAAUGAGGUUAUGUCAUUACCGGAAAAGUUAGACGAAAAAAUUUUCAUAGAUUUUCAGUGCAAAAAUGUUAAACCUGAAUCGUGGUCAGCCAUCGGCAAAACUGAGAAUCAAAAUUGUUCUUCUAUUGUAAAGGUAGAAAACGAAAUUCAGACAAAUUACUUGAAUAAAAAAAGUCUAAUAAUUUUGAUAAGGAAAGAAUUCAAUUAUGAUAAUAAUAGCCGAUUUCAAGAAAAGUGCCAAUUGAAGCUUGUUGAAUCCGAGAAAGUAAAAAUAUUUGAUAAAAAAACUCAAACCUAAGUUUGAA